UGCUGAGAAGCUGCUUGAUUGAAGCAAGGCCCUUGGUCAGUGUCCCUGGGAUGCAAUUCUUUGGUAUCCUUCUGGUUUGUAGAAACGCCCGGACACUUCUCCUGGAAGGAGAGUUACUACCGAUCCGCCAUGUCCCAGAGCUCGCAGACCAGGGAAUUCCUGAGCCCAGAGGUUUUCCAGCACAUCUGGGACUUCCUGGAGCAGCCGAUAUGCUCUAUGCAGCCGAUCGACUUGAACUUCAUUGAUGACCCGUCGGAAAAUGGCCCCACGAACAAAAUCGAGAUCAGCAUGGACUGCGUCCGGAUGCAGGAUGCGGACCCAGGUGAUCCCAUGUGGCCGCAGUACACGAACCUGGGGCUCCUGAACAGCAUGGACCAGCAGAUCCAAAAUGGCUCUUCCUCCACCAGCCCCUACAACACGGAGCACGCUCAGAACAGCGUCACGGCGCCCUCGCCGUACGCCCAGCCCAGCUCCACCUUCGACGCGCUCUCGCCUUCCCCGGCCAUCCCCUCCAACACAGACUACCCGGGACCUCACAGCUUCGACGUAUCUUUUCAGCAGUCCAGCACAGCCAAGUCGGCCACGUGGACGUAUUCCACCGAGCUGAAGAAGCUGUACUGCCAGAUCGCCAAGACGUGCCCCAUUCAGAUCAAGGUGAUGACCCCGCCGCCCCAGGGCGCCGUCAUCCGCGCCAUGCCUGUCUACAAGAAAGCCGAGCACGUCACGGAAGUGGUCAAGCGUUGCCCCAACCACGAGCUGAGCCGGGAGUUCAAUGAGGGGCAGAUCGCUCCUCCCAGCCACUUGAUCCGAGUGGAAGGAAACAGUCAUGCACAGUACGUAGAAGACCCCAUCACGGGCCGGCAGAGCGUCCUUGUUCCCUAUGAACCACCCCAGGUUGGCACCGAGUUCACAACGGUCUUGUACAACUUCAUGUGCAACAGCAGCUGCGUCGGAGGCAUGAACCGCCGGCCCAUCCUCAUCAUUGUGACACUGGAAACCAGAGACGGACAAGUCCUGGGCCGCAGGUGUUUUGAAGCCCGUAUCUGCGCCUGCCCGGGCCGGGAUCGCAAGGCGGAUGAAGACAGCAUCCGAAAGCAGCAAGUUUCCGACAGCACAAAGAACGGCGAUGGUACGAAGCGCCCUUUCCGGCAGGGCACCCACGGCAUCCAGAUGACGUCAAUCAAAAAGCGGCGCUCUCCUGACGAUGAGCUCUUGUACUUGCCGGUCCGGGGCCGGGAGACAUACGAAAUGUUACUGAAGAUCAAGGAGUCCCUGGAGCUCAUGCAGUACCUCCCGCAGCACACAAUCGAGACCUACCGGCAGCAGCAGCAGCAGCAGCACCAGCACUUGCUCCAAAAGCAGAGCUCCAUGCAGUCCCAGUCGACUUACGGCUCCAGCUCGCCGCCACUCAGCAAGAUGAACAGCAUGAACAAGCUGCCGUCAGUCAGCCAGCUCAUCAACCCCCAGCAGCGCAACGCCCUGACCCCCACCACCAUCCCUGACGGCAUGGGAGGCAACAUUCCGAUGAUGGGCGCCCACAUGGCGAUGACCGGCGACAUGAACGGCCUGAGCCCCACGCAGGGCCUGCCUCCCCCGCUCUCCAUGCCUUCGACGUCUCACUGCACCCCCCCUCCUCCUUACCCCUCUGACUGCAGCAUCGUCAGCUUCUUAGCGAGGCUGGGCUGCUCAUCCUGCGUGGAUUAUUUCACGACCCAGGGGCUGACCACCAUCUAUCAGAUUGAGCAUUACUCCAUGGAUGAUCUGGUGAGCCUCAAGAUCCCGGAGCAGUUUCGCCAUGCCAUCUGGAAAGGCAUCCUGGACCACCGGCAGCUGCACGACUUCUCCUCCCCUCCCCACCUCCUGCGCACCCCGAGCGGCGCCUCCACCGUCAGCGUGGGCUCCAGCGAGACCCGUGGCGAGCGGGUUAUCGACGCGGUGCGCUUCACGCUGCGCCAGACCAUCUCCUUCCCACCCCGCGACGAGUGGAACGACUUCAACUUCGACCUGGACGCCCGGCGCAACAAGCAGCAGCGCAUCAAGGAGGAAGGGGAGUGAGCCCCCCACCUGCCCCCGGCAUAGGCUCCGUCCCCGCCCUGCCCACAAACUGCUUGGCCCUUCCCGUCCCUCCGCUCCGUGCCGGACCCAGGGAGAAGAGCCAGGAGAGGCCCCCUUUCCCUGCCGUGCUAGCUAUGCCCUCUUUUCAUCCCAUCGAGGUCGUGCCCCUCGCCCCACAGCCUCCCUGCCGGGAGAAGGAGACGAGCAAGGUGCCCGGGGUGGGUAGGAAGCACUUGGUCUUUCCUCCGAUGCAGCCGGCCUUGACAAGCCGGCGUUUUCCGUGGGGCUUUUCUCUUGGCUUUGGCACCCUGACCUGCAUGGUGCUUCUCUCCGUAUGCGGGCAUCUUUUUGCUUUGCUCCUCCUGCUGCAGGAAGAAGGUGAUCCCUUUUGGCCUAGAUGUCACUCGGGGUUGAACGUCUGCAGACGCAGGUGCCGGAGACCUCACUAAACUAAAACCUGCGUCUGGGUUGGGUUUCUCCCUAAUUUGUUGCCCGCUCAAGAGCAAAGCUGGAGGCUGAGGCUGUUGCCAGGCUUGCUUUAGUGAUGCAACUGGGGGGUGGAUUUAGACCUGGUAGGGGGGGAUGCAUUGGAGGCUGGAGGCCACUUUUUGGCUGAGCUAAUGUAAGCCCAAGCCGUAUUCCCAAGGACUUCACUAGGGUUGAACGUUUGCACCAUCACAGCCCCACUUCACUUGGUUUCUCUCUCUCAUCCUGCUGUUGCUGUGGGCUAGAUGACCUGGGAAAUGCUCCCAACCUCUGCCUGGGGAC